AUGAAUAUUCAUCGUUCUAGAUUUGUGGAUUUCACUCCUCACACAAUAACACGUUUGGCGUUUAGUCAUCCAUCUACCAAAGGAUCGACUCCAAGUGAUCUAAGAUUGGCGGUUGGUAGAAAUAAUGGUGACAUUGAGAUUUGGAAUCCUAGAUUUGGAUGGUUCCAAGAACAAAUCUUGAAAGGAGGCAAAGGAAGAACUAUUGAAGGCCUUGCCUGGUCAUUUUGGAGCAACACAUCCCUCAGAUUAUUUUCCAUUGGCGGGUCAUCAGUGAUCACUGAAUGGGAUUUGAAAACUGGGAUGCCUUUGAAAAAUUACGAUUGUAACUCAGGAAUAAUCUGGUUCAUAUCAGUAAAUAAAACCAAUGAUAAGAUAGCCGUCGGGUGCGAUAAUGGAUCAGUGGUAUUGGUCGACAUUUCUGGUGGCCCAGGGGUUAUGGAACAUGACAUGGUUUUACAAAGACAGAAUUCAAGAGUCUUAUCAGUGGAUUUCAAUGGUGAUUCCCAGGUUGUUGGGGGCUGCGCAGAUGGAAAAAUUAGAGUGUGGGAUAUAAGUGGGGAUACCAAUACCAGAGGCAGAUUGGUGGCCAGCAUGAAAGUGGAUAAAUCGACAAAAAGAGAAAGCACAUUAGUCUGGAGUGUUUUGGUAUUAGAUAAGCAAAAUCAAAUUAUAAGUGGUGAUUCCACUGGGUCACUAAAAAUCUGGGACUUGAAGUAUUUCACAUUAUUACAAUCUUUUGAUUCUCAUAAGGCUGAUAUUUUGAGUUUGACUUGUGAUCUUGAUCAAGAGAAAAUAUUUUCUGCCGGGGUCGACAGAAAAAUCAUCAACUUCAACUUAAUUGCUAACCCAAACAGCAACAACAAAAAACAGUGGGUAAAUUCUUUAAGCAAACUAUACCAUUCUAAUGAUAUUAGAAGUCUUACAAGCUUUGAAUCCAAGGGGUUGAGUUUGUUAGUUUCUGGUGGUGUCGACAGACAGAUUGCAAUCAAUUCUAUCAAGUUUUUCAACGCAAAUAUAUACAGAAAACUACCAAUAACUACUCAAUAUCAAAAUAAUUUGAUUAGAAAUAGCCAAAACAGGUUGAUUAUAAUGUGGCAGGACCAAACUGUUAAGAUUUGGAAACUCUUCAACGAUGCGGACAUUAUGGUUGAAACUUUGACCAGUGAACAACCAAAGAAGAAUUAUAAGUUGGUGUCCAAAUUGGCUCUUUCCGAAGAAGAAAACAUAUCUGAUGUCGCCGUGUCUUCUAAAGGUGAUUAUUUGGCCGUGGCGUACUUAUCAAACAUCAAGAUCUUCAAGUUGAAUUACGAUGAAUCCCAACAGACCAUGAAGGUCUUCAAAUUAAAGUAUCUUAGUUCUAAAUUAGAGAAUGUUGGUGCAAGAAUUGUGACAUUCUCAAGCGACGGCUCAAGUUUGGUGAUUGUUGAUUCAGAAAACGAUAUUAUGAAAAUCAACAUUGUUGAUUACGAGCAAAAUUCCCAAGAAGACGAAGACGAAGGUUCUCUUGAUACCGUUAUGUAUGAAUUGCCGGAUAUCGUCGAUAUGGACUCAAAAUUGGGACAUGCUGGUAAUAUUAAGGACUUCAAAAUUUCUGAUGAUGAUAAGGUGAUAGCAGUUUCAAGACAUUAUGGCGCUUUGGACUUGAUUUUCAUAGAUGAUAAUGGUGGAUCAGACGUGGUAGAAUUGGCAAGAUUGUCAACUUCAAUUUCUGCCAUUGAAUUCACCAAGAGAAACACUUUGAUUGCGAUUACUGUUGAAAACAAAAUUUAUGAGUUCAACAUCCGCAGACAGAUGGAAAUUGAUGAAGAUAAUGACGAAGAUGAUGAUGCAAAGAAUACUUCUCAAAGUGUUUUGGAUACCAAUGCUUCUAACUCAAACUUGUUAUUGACAAACUGGUCAAAGAAAAAUUCUGAGAACUUGCCAAACCAAUUACUAAAUUUGAAAAACAAAUGUGUUGGAAUUUUCCCAGAUCUUAAAGACACUUCAAGAAUUUGGUUCUGGGGUGCCGAUUGGAUUUGUUUUAUUAAUUUAAAUGCCAAUUUGCAGAACAAGAAAAAUAGAAGUAGUCUUAAAAGAAAGCAUGAUGGGUUGAGUAUUUAUCAGGAGGGGAAUGAUUUGGAAAAUGAAGAAGUAACUCUCGAAAAUUUCUCCAAUACUAUGAGUGAAAGUUCUAAACUCGAAAACAAUCAAUUAGUUGUCACCAAUAACACUGAUACAAACGAGAAUAAAUCCGUUCCAUUCUGGUUCACUAAUAAGUAUAAUUCUAUUUUAUUCACUGGGAAUUUUGAAACCAAUGACUUGUUGGUUGUUGAAAGACCAGUCAGCAGUUUAGCAUCUUCUAAAGCAUUCAAAACUAAUCACAUUGCUUUUUAG